AUGUUCGGUGGACGCUCCCCCCAAACCGGGAUUAACAUUGAGGAGGAAACUGAGAGUCUACUGGAAAAGACCUUGGAGAAGGAAAGAGAAAAAGUAGCAUCUUUGGGACAGAGAGAUACAUGGUGGAGAUUCUCACUUAGACCAACACCUACGCCAGGUACUUAUAUAGUACGGGAUUUUAUUGAAGAAGCCCAGCUCAACCCAGUGAAAGCGACAUAUAAUUUUAAAGGAGAAGGCAGAAAGAGAUGUUCCAUCUUCCAACCAACAGCUGAUCUUACGCUACCAGAUGUUUAUACAUAUAUUCCUCCUAGCUUUGUAGAUUUGGCAGGAAAAAAGCCAGCUACAUAUUCAUUUAAAAGCACACCAAGGAAAAGUCCCAACACCUUAUGUUUUAAAGAUAAGGAUAUUGACACUGCACCAGGACAGUAUAAUCUUUUCCCUGUUCCAGUGCCCAAGUUUGCAUCCAAGCAAUUUAUGUUUCGCUCUGCAGUUCAAAGAUUCCCAACAACUUACUUCACUCCUAAAGAAGGUCCAGGGCCAGGUGAAUAUGAAACGAAAGGAAAACCACUUCACCCUGUAUCUUCGUGUUUCCAGUCCAAAGUGCCUAGGUUGCAGCCAGUCCGUUCAAAAAUACCAGGUCCAGGAGCUUAUGAGCCCACAAGGCAGUUUCCAAAGCAACCACGAACUAUUGCGAGCCUGGGUCACGAGCACAGCAUCUUCUUUAGCAACACAUUUGGGUUUUAG